AUGGGCGAUGGGUGGCUGCCGCCCGACUGCGGCCCCCACAACCGCUCCGGAGGCGGCGGGGCGACGGCGGCGCCGACCGGGAGCCGUCAGGUGUCCGCCGAGCUGCUGUCGCAGCAGUGGGAGGUGGGCAUGAGCCUGCUGAUGGCCCUGAUGGUGCUGCUCAUCGUGGCCGGCAACGUGCUGGUGAUCGCGGCUAUCGGGCGCACGCAGCGGCUGCAGACGCUCACCAACCUCUUCAUCACCUCGCUGGCCUGCGCCGACCUGGUGAUGGGGCUGCUGGUGGUGCCCUUCGGGGCCACGCUGGUGGUGCGAGGCACCUGGCUGUGGGGCUCCUUCCUCUGCGAGUGCUGGACCUCGCUGGACGUGCUCUGCGUGACGGCCAGCAUCGAGACCUUGUGCGUCAUCGCCAUCGACCGCUACCUGGCCAUCACCUCGCCUUUCCGCUACCAGAGCCUGAUGACCAGGGCUCGGGCCAAGGGCAUCAUCUGCACCGUCUGGGCCAUCUCCGCCCUGGUCUCCUUCCUGCCCAUCAUGAUGCACUGGUGGCGGGACGACGACCCGCAGGCGCUCAAGUGCUACCAGGACCCGGGCUGCUGCGACUUUGUCACCAACCGGGCUUACGCCAUCGCCUCGUCCAUCAUCUCCUUCUACAUCCCCCUCAUCAUCAUGAUCUUCGUGUACCUGCGGGUGUACCGGGAGGCCAAGGAGCAGAUCAGGAAGAUCGACCGCUGCGAGGGCCGGUUCUAUGGCAGCCAGGAGCAGCCGCAGCCGCCCCCGCUCCCCCACCACCAGCCCAUCCUCGGCAACGGCCGCGCCAGCAAGAGGAAGACGUCCCGCGUCAUGGCCAUGAGGGAGCAGAAAGCCCUGAAGACACUGGGCAUCAUCAUGGGGGUGUUCACCCUCUGCUGGCUCCCUUUCUUCCUGGUGAACAUCGUCAACGCCUUCAACAGAGACCUGGUGCCGGACUGGCUCUUCGUUUUCUUCAACUGGUUGGGCUACGCCAACUCUGCUUUCAACCCCAUCAUCUACUGCCGCAGCCCGGACUUCCGCAAGGCCUUCAAGAGGCUGCUCUGCUUCCCCCGCAAAGCUGACAGGCGGCUGCACGCCGGCGGCCAACCCGCCCCGCUGCCCAGGGGCUUCAUCAGCACCCUGGGCUCCCCUGAGCACAGCCCGGGGGGGACGUGGUCCGACUGCAACGGGGGCACACAGGGCGGCAGCGAGUCCAGCCUGGAGGAGAGACAUAGCAAAACAUCCCGCUCGGAGUCCAAGAUGGACAGGGAAAAAAGCAUCCUGGCAACAACAAGAAUUUUCUGCACAUUUUUGGGAAACGGCGACAAAGCUGUUUUUUGCACAGUGUUAAGGAUUGUAAAGUUAUUUGAAGAUGCUACUUGCACACGUCCACACACGCAAAUUAAAAAUGAAAUGGAGGUUUAAACAACACCAAGCCCGAAAGUGAUUUCUGGUUUUGUCUGCUCUGUUAUAGUUUUAUUGAGAGAGUGACUUUUUAUAUUAUUUUGUGAAGGUACUGUAAAUAGAUCCAUAUUAUAAAUUAAAAUACCUUAAGAGACUUCUAUUAUUUUUAUUUCCAAGUGCCCGCGUGAAUCUGCUGUUAUUUUAGCACUUGUGUGUCGUUUCCAUUCUCCUCUGUGUGUGUGUUUUAUAACCUAUUUAUACUCCGGUGCAAUUUACUACUGUGUAAGUAAUUAGUCGAUGUGCAAUAAAUGCCAUUGCAGCACAAGCAAGCGUGUCUCUAUAGGUUUUGAAACAAUACCUGCCUAUAAUGGGAAGAGCAGCGUUUGUUUUUCCCCAAAGAUGGCUCAGAUUACCAACACAACUUGUCUAAUGGCUUUCCCUGACACGGGAUUGUGAAAUGGUGUUUGAAACCCAACCGGCUGGCGUUCCUGUUGCACCGAAGUCUGCCGACUUCCCUUAGAGCUAGUGGCUAACGACAAGGUGUUUCCAGCCUGAUAAUGAGGACGCUCGCUGUCUAUAGCUGUGCCGUUUGGGGUUAUAUUCGCAUUUUGUUAGAGGCGGGGAGUAGGGUGACUGCAAUACUCGGGGCUCUGUGAGCAAGGGGGUUGUGUGUCUGGGUCCUUGGUGCAGAUGGUUGCCUUCUCUCGGUGCUUUGUGAAGGUACGCUGCAUCAAUGUUUCACUACUGCAAUGAAUGCAGAAUGCACUACUGCAGGCAGAGCAACAAAAAGGCAGUGCAGAAGAGCUCACGGCAGUGCAGAAUGAAAGUGAAGCUGUUUUUA